AUGGAAUACUGGGAUGAAUGUAGCCUCGAAAUCGAACAAGCAAUCAAACAGCAUGACCCUGCAACAGCAUAUAGAAUGAUUCGAAGACUCAAAGGAGGAAAAGCCAAAAUCGAAGAAAUGCCUAUUCAUGACAAGCAAAGCAAUUUACUCACUAAUAGUCAUGAACGUCUUCAUCGAUGGAGCAAAUAUUUCUGUGAACUACUUAAUGUACCAUCCACGAUUGUUCUUUCAAUUAUGCAACGAAUAUCAAUCUCUCAGCUAUCUCCUGAAGAACAAAAUCGACAGGACAAACCUCCAUCGCUACUGGAAGUCGAAGAAGCAAUACGACGAAUGAAAAGCGGGAAAGCACCUGGUAUGGAUGGACUAUCAGCCGAUGUCAUCAAGGCGGGAGGACGUGCUCGAUCUACAUGUCUACAUAGUCUUUUCGUCGAAAUAUGGGAGGAGGAACAAACAAUUGAAGACUGGUCCACAGCAAUGAUAAUUCGCUUGUUCAAAAACAAAGGUGACAAACGAGACUGUGGUAACCACCGCGAUUCAAAAGCAAGAGUACGUAUCAACGGUGAAUUAUCUGACCCAUUCGAUAUUGAAACUGAUGUUCAACAAGGUGGCAUCCCGUCACCAAUUCUUUUCAAUGUCUUCUUCGAUUUUGUGAUGCGUCAAAUCCUUGAUCGGCUGGUCGUAUUAAAUGUCACAGGUGUGAAACUAGCAUAUGGAAAAGACUUCUUUCAUUCAGCCAGUAAUAACAAUAAGGAUAUUGACCUGUUAGCACUCCUCUAUGCUGACGAUGUCGUGGGUUGUUUCGACAAUACUACAGAUCUAAAACUCUUUGUUAGAAUUUUCGAAGAAGUUUCACAAGAAUAUGGCAUCACAAUGAGCAUCAAGAAAACAUGUAUUAUGCAAUGCACACAACUCAAAGUGGAUACAUCAAAGAAAAUUAUCAAAGAUGAAGAGAUUAUACAUCCACAAAUUGACAUAACAAUCCGAAAUGAUGCAGUUGCAAUGGUGGAUGAAUUUUGUUAUCUUGGUUGUUGCUUCACGCGUACCUUCUCGUUCUAUCAUGAAAUAGAAAUGCGAUUGGAAAAGGCUACAGUGGCAUUUAAUAUGCUUCGUCAUGUAGUAUGGUAUCAAAAAACAGUAUCUAUCGAGGCGAAACUUCGCAUAUUCCGCUCAUGUAUUCUUCCAGUCUUACUCUAUGGCAGUGAAGUAUGGUCUGUAGCAGUGGCUCUGGAGCAGCGCCUGUGUACAUUCUAUCAUCGAUGUCUUCGGACGAUUAUUGGAACUAAUCUUGGGGAUCGAAUGUCUAACGAACAACUUCUUCAAAUCACGGGCGAACCAAAUCUUGAAAAUAUUCUUCGAAGAAACUGCCUCCGCUGGUUUGGUCAUGUGAAUAGAAUGAAUGGUGAAAAUGACGAACCAUCUCUCAUCAAGAAGAUUAUGUUCUCGUACUAUGCUGACUCUAAAAGGCCUUGCAAUGCUGGUACGUUCGAGAACUGGGAAGAUAGAAUAAAAGAUGAUUUAGAAAAAAAUGAACAUCCAUAA